GCCUUCGUCUUCCACCUACACAACCACACCGAUGACCUACCAUGACCUACCAUGACCUUACACAGCAGGCUCUGGCCAUCUGGCGAGACCUUCGUCGCGCCGCAAGCACCAGCAAAUCUCAAUCUGCUACGGUGGCACGACCUCCACGGCCUACGGCGUGGCUUGAUGGUUUGCGGGGAAUCGCCGCUCUCCUAGUCUUUUUCAUGCACAAUGAAGAUGUCGGCCACCAAGGAUCAGAUUACGUUAUUCUGGAGAAUCCCUAUGGUCUUGCUGGAGAGAAGCAUUUUGUGACCUUUCCUUUCGUCCGGACACUCUUCAGCGGCGGUCACACUGCAGUCUUUACUUUCUUCAUCAUUUCAGGAUAUGCGCUUUCAUACAAGCCAUUGCAACUGGUACACUCGCAAGACUUGAGGUCCCUGGCCAAAUCAACUGGAUCAGCUCUUUUCCGGCGUUGGGGCAGACUGUUCCUACCGCUAUAUGUCUCUACAUUCUGCUGGAUGUCCUCCUGGUACAUUUUCGGCUACGACAGUGGUCGAGGCGAACCAAAGCGCCUUGCUUCGUGGACGGCAGAGCUACGCCGAUGGUGGGACAUUCACAACAAUGGGAAUUAUGGUGGCUACAACGUGCACCUGUGGACCAUACCGGAGGAGUUCUGGGGCUCGAUCUUCAUCUACUGCAUCAUUCUUGCGACGUCCAUGUUCACGGACGGCGUACGACUGUCGACAGAGCUGGCCUUGUGCGCCUACCGCGUCUACCUCAACAAGAACGACGCAGUCUUCAUUGUGGGCAUGUUAUUGUGCGACAUUUCCCUGCUGGCCGAAGCUGAGAGGUUGCCGAAAAUCCUCAAGCGUCUUACGCCUCGCUACAAUGCUCUGUGGUAUAUUCCGCUCCUGCUGGGUCUUUACCUUGCUCCUUUCGGCCAUGGCUUUGCAGGCGACAUCCAUGACUUCUCUGGAUACCCUGGCUGGUCGAUUCUGGCCUUCUUAUUGCCCCCGAAUACCAGUUUCAAAUACUAUUACAAAUUUUGGGGAUGCACGUUGAUCGUCGUAUCUAUAUCGCAGCUUGGAUUCUGCAGGCGUAUGUUCGAAGGACGGAUAGCACAAUACCUUGGCCGCGUUUCAUUCAGCUUUUAUCUGCUCCACGGUCCUUUCUUGUGGAGUGUCGGGGUCCGCCUGUAUGCCGCCUGCGGUCUGGAAAAUCGUUACACCGACCUCAAGGCCUGGGACAACAUGAUGAAGAUCCCGGAUGGUGGCCCGCUGGGAUUGGAACCCCGACUUCUUGUGCCUUUGCUCAUCAUUCUGGUCUUGGUGCUUGCACUUUCCGAGCUCUUCACCCGAUACGUGGAUCAGCCUAGCAUCAAGUUUGUGCACUGGUGCUUUUCCUGGGGACAACCUCUAGAGCUUGAGGACAGCCAGGACCAGCAGAGCAGCUUGCCGUUGCUGGAAGUGGAAGUUCGGAACUAUCCAGAACGAACGCUGAUGACAAGUGCGUUCAGUCCGUCGAUGAGACGACCUCGUUCUUCGAGCAGGCAAUUGUAGUGGUUUCCAAUGCCGUGCCAGCCUUUGCAUAGAGAGAUUGCCAACACAGCUAACAUUCCUGAUUUCAUCAUUAUUGGAAGCAGGACUAUAUCUAUCUUAUAGACAAUAUUUGUAUACACGUGGAAAACAGCGGCUCGUAGGUAAAUUAUGAAACCUGCCGAUGCAAUACAAACCUGCUGCGCUAUCCAUUGUCGUACGCCAGCGCUCAGGAUCAUGUCCCUGUCGCUUCUGCAUGGCUUCGCGGGCCGGAUCACGCUCAUGGUAGCCUGUCAUGUGGCCCUGGCCCGCCCUAUACCAGCUUCCAUUGUAUGGUCGCCACUUCGAGAUGGUAACGGAGUCAAGUCUUUCACUCUCAUCGAGCUCUUUACGCAAGGGUAGGAAGGCUGUAAGAAGAUACCCAAGAUAAUGAGGGUGGUAGCGAGCCCAUACAAUGCGGUCCUACUUGAUACCAAAACGACCAUACACACAC